AUGCCUUCUCCUGCCCUUCUUCGCCUUGACCAGGGAAUUCACACACCGUCGCCUGGAAUACCUGCAAGACAAGUAUCGAAUGCAAAUGUUGUUGCAGAUCCAUCUCACGUCCAGAGUUUAACCGCCGCUUUGACGGGAGUUGAGGCAAGUAAGCAGCUUGCAGCUUGGACCGCAGUCGAUAGACAUAUAAAGAGUGAGCACAAGGUUAUUGGGAUUGGAUCAGGCUCAACCGUUCCAUACGUCGUUGAUCGUAUUAUUUCCCAAGGAACAGAGCUAAACAGAGAACGCGUCUUUAUCCCGACAGGGUUCCAGUCAAAAGAGCUCAUCGUCAAAGGAGGCCUCAGACUAGGCGACGUUGACCAAUAUCCCACGAUUGAUGUCACUAUUGAUGGCGCCGACGAAGUGGACGCUGAGCUAAACUGCAUAAAGGGAGGAGGUGCGUGCCAUCUUCGCGAGAAAGUACUAGCCGAGGCUGCCGAAACAUUUAUUGUAGUGGCGGAUUAUCGCAAGAAGUCGAAGACUCUUGGCAGCGCAUGGAAACAAGGCGUCCCGAUCGAAGUAGCACCGUUCGCGUAUGCUAAGCUUCUACAAAACCUUCACCGUUUUGGUUCUCCAUCAGCCACACUGCGAAUGGCAAAAAUGAAGGCCGGACCUGUAGUGAGCGAUAAUGGUAACUUCAUCAUUGACGCACCCUUUGAAGAGGAGUACAUGAAACACCCUUUUGAGUUAUUGUCCCGGAUAAAAAUGCUCACAGGUGUUGUGGAAGUGGGACUCUUCUGUGGGAUGGCAAAGGCGGCCUAUUUUGGCGAAGCUGUACGAUUCAUUUCUUAUUUGCUUCGCCCAUUCUCACCCAAGCUGGGCCUUCACUUACAGGACGGGAGCGUAACAGUCCGUUUACUCGACCCCAGCGCACCAAAGGACGGGACAUUCCCCGUUCGACCAACGCCCAUCGACAAACGACUCGAGUUCGUCGACAACUCUGAGUCACCACAAACUAUUGCUUCCUCUUCAUUCCCCGAGAGGUCCGGUUGA